UCCAAAUAGCCUGCCUUUCUCUCUGUGCGGGUCGCGGAUCCUCUCUCUCUCUCUCUCUCUCUCCGGUCUUUGCACACUGUAUUUGGUCUCUUCCUCCGCCCUCGAACGCCAGAAAACAUCAAUUGGAGCUGCGAAUUCGAUCUCGCCUUCCUUCGCUUUGCACCCGCGGCGCCCGGAUUCGAGCCGGGCCGUCGAAACCCUAGCGCGCCCCCCCUCCGCCCCCACACUUUGGGCGCCGGAGCGGAGGGCGAUGGCGGCGGAACUGGGGCAGCAGACGGUGGAGUUCUCCGCCCUCGUGCGACGAGCCGCGGAGGAUUCCUACCUCGCCCUCAAAGAGCUGGUGGAGCGGUCCCGGGCGCCGGAGGACCAGCGAUCCGACUCCGAGAAGAAGAUAGACCUCCUCAAGUUCAUCGCCAAGACUCGGCAGCGGAUGCUCCGCCUCCACGUGCUCGCCAAGUGGUGCCAACAGGUACCAUUGAUUCAGUAUUGCCAACAACUUGCAGCAACACUUUCCAGCCAUGAUACUUGUUUUACCCAAACAGCAGAUUCAUUAUUUUACAUACAUGAAGGACUGCAGCAUGCACGUGCUCCUAUAUUUGAUGUUCCAUCUGCUAUUGAAAUACUCCUCUCAGGAGGAUAUAAACGGCUGCCAAAAUGUAUAGAAGAUUUGGUUAUUCAGAGUACACUAUCUGAGGAUGAACAAAAGCCCACUUUAAAGAAGUUGGAUACAAUCCUCCGAUCCAAACUUUUGGAGGUUGUACUUCCUAAAGAAAUUAGUGAGGUAACUAUUUCUGAUGGUAUUGCUGUUCUUCGUGUGGAUGGGGAGUUUAAGGUUUUCCUUACCUUGGGUUACCGUGGUCAUCUGUCAUUGUGGAGGAUACUUCACAUAGAGUUGCUUGUUGGGGAGAAGAGUGGAACUAUUAAACUUGAAGAGACACGAAGAUAUGCUCUUGGGGAUGAUCUCGAGCGCCGAAUGGCUGCAACUGAAAAUCCUUUUUUAAUUUUAUACACAGUUCUCCAUGAACUGUGUGUUGCCCUUGUUAUGGACACUGUACUAAGGCAAGUUCAGGUACUACGUCAAUGUAGGUGGAAGGAUGCAAUACGCUUUGAGCUUAUCUCUGAUGGCACUGCAGCACAAGGAGCAAAUACUAGUGCUUUGCAACUGGCCCAAGACGGUGAACUCGAUUCAACUGGCCUAAAAACUCCUGGUUUGAAAAUCAUUUAUUGGUUAGACGCUGACAAAAAUGCCGGGGGAUCUGAUUUUAGUUCACGUCCAUUUCUCAAACUUGAACCAGGGCAAGAUACACAGAUUAAGUGUCUACAUAAUUCCUUUGUAUUAGACCCACUUACUGGCAAGGAAGCUAUUUUUUCACUCGAUCAAAGUUGCAUUGAUGUUGAGAAACUCCUGCUAAAAGCUAUUGCAUGCAAUAUACACACCCGUCUGCUUGAAAUCCAGAGGGAGUUGAGUAAAAGUGUUAACAUUUGUCGAGGUACAGGUGAUGUUGUACUGAAGAAUGAUGGAAGUAUGGUAGCAGAUCUAAGAAAGAAGGAUGAAAACUCUAGUAUUGAGGAUUAUUUUGGGGAUGAAGUACUAAAAGUGCGAGCUUGUGGGAUGUCAUUUAUUACACUUGGAAUAAAUAUCCGGAAUGGACGAUUCCUCCUUCAUUCUUCCAAGAAUAUCCUUUUACCAUCUACCCUAGUUGAUUGUGAAGAGGCUUUAAACCAAGGAAGCUUUAGUGCGACGGAGGUAUUUACAAGCUUAAGAAGCAAGAGUAUUCUCAAUAUAUUUGCAUCAACUGGGAGAUUUUUAGGCCUGGAGGUUUAUGAUCAGUCUUUGACUAGUCUGAAGAUCCCCAAUUCCAUAUUGCAAGUCUCUGAUUUACUUGUAAUGGGUUUUCCUCAGUGUGCAAAUUGUUAUUAUUUACUGAUGCAGGUCGACAAGAAUUUUAAACUGGUGUUCAAUUUGCUAGAAUCACAAUCUGACCAAGAUGGAAAAUCUAGUUCAUUUGGUGAUGCCAAUCAAAUCAUACGUUUUAGUAGAAUUGAUAUUGGUCAGAUGAAAAUAGUUGAUGAUGAAUUGAAUGUGAGCCUCUUUGAUUGGGAGAAGCUACAUUCUUUACCAAACAUCGGCACUUUUAACCAGGUUGGAGAACAUAAUAUUGGAGUAGAUGCUGCUCUCCAGCGUCCUGGAUUUUCACAAUCAGCCUUCUCAUCUGUUGUUGAUGAAGUGUUUGAGUUUGGAAAAGGUCCUUUUCCCACGACAAACCAUCUUGCCUCAUCUUAUAGGAUGCCUCCUUUUUCUCAUUUAGGUACUCCUUCUAGUGGUUAUCAAGGAUUAAAUGCUGGAGUGAGCUCAUCUAAUUUUGAAGGGGAGUUACAACAAUCUCAAGUUCAUAAAGUUAAAAAGGUUUCUUCUAGUCUUACAUGUUCAUCUCUGUUUGAUGAAGCAAACAACUUAAAAGGCUUAAUUCAGAAUAGUGCUACUGGUUCCCUUUCCUCUUCAAGCCCAGUGAGGAUAUCACCAAUUCAUAAAUUGUCAACCUUGAGGUCUGAUCAAGACGUUAGCUCUCUUAAGCCUCCAUAUUCGGCUGACGUUGGUCAACGCCCUCCUGUGGAUGAACCUCCGAAAGAGUUUAAUAUGAUUGAAGGGAGUGGGCUAGGUCAACUAUUGCCUCCACUUCGGACAUCUUGUUCACCAGUUUCUGCCCCUAGCAUGACACCAAAUAUCAUAGAAAGCUCAUCAUUGAAUGUUCCUAGAUCUAACUCAACGCCUUUGGCUAAACCAUGCCAAAUACCAGAAAUUGGAGCUCCCACCUUAGAUGAUAAUGUUGCUCAUAAGCAUGUAAGAAAAGGAAGGAAGCAGUCUCUAUUGGAUUUUGUUAAAUUGCUUCCUUCAUUUCAAGGAUCAGAAGCAAGUUUUCCACAGCAUAAAAGGCGAAAAAUAUUAAAAUUAGCUGACUCUAGUUCUGCAGCUUCUCCAUCCCUUCCUUCAAUAGUGUCAUGCAGAACUGGUGGAUGUACAUAUGGGGAUCUUCUUGCUGAAGCAAAUCAUGGCAUUACACCUUCAAAUUUGUAUGUUUCUGUCCUACUACAUGUUGUCAGGCAUUGUUCACUCUGUAUUAAGCAUGCUCGGCUAACCAGCCAAAUGGAUUCACAAGACAUUUCUUAUGUUGAAGAAAUUGGUCUGCAAAUUCCAUCCUCAAACUUGUGGUUGAAGUUGCCAUUUGCCAGGGAUGAUUCUUGGCAGCGUAUUUGCUUGCGCCUUGGUAAACCUGGAACCAUGUGCUGGGAUGUAAAAAUCAAUGACCCUUAUUUCAGGGAAUUAUGGGAACUUCAUAAAGGAAGUACCACUACAUUGUGGGGCUCUGGUGUACGUAUUGCCAAUACAUCCGAGAUUGAUUCACACAUCUGUUUUGACCCAGAAGGUGUUGUCUUGAGUUAUAAGAGUGUUGAAGAUGAUAGUAUUCAGAGGCUUGUAUCAGAUUUACGUAGGCUUUCAAAUGCACGAUUAUUUGCUCAUGGGAUGCGAAAACUAAUUGGUUUGGGCACUGAUGAUAGUAGUGAUCAUAUAACAAACUUGGACUUGAAGGUACAAACUAAAGGUACCGGUGACUUGGUAGAUAAGUUAUCCGAACAGAUGAGAAAAGCCUUUAAAAUUGAAGCAGUUGGUUUGAUGAGUUUGUGGUUUAGCUAUGGCUCAAUGCCCGUGAUAGUUCAUUUUGUUGUUGAAUGGGAAGCUGAUAAGGAUUGUUGUACGAUGCAUGUUUCCCUUGAUCAACUUUGGCCACAUACAAAGUUUUUGGAAGAUUUCAUUAAUGGAGGUGAAGUUGCAUCUUUCUUGGACUGUAUCCGUCUUACUGCUGGUCCUUUACUUGCUCUUUGUGGCGCAAUACGUCCUGCACGUAUACCUGUUCCUGUUUCUGCUGGUCAUUCUCUUGUACAAAAGCAGAACAAUUUCAUGUCAUCUCACGGAUUAAUGGCAAAUCCUUCUGCAACUGCAAUCCAGGUUUCAUCUAGUGCUACUGCAACUACUACACUUAUGACCCAGCUUGGCAGUAACAGUCUUCAAGCCGCCGCAGUUUUAUCAGCCACUGGAAGAGGUGGGCCAGGACUUGUUCCUAGCUCUUUAUUACCUUUUGAUGUCUCAGUCGUCCUGAGAGGUCCAUACUGGAUACGUAUAAUAUAUCGUAAGAAGUUUGCCGUGGAUAUGCGCUGCUUUGCUGGUGAUCAAGUUUGGCUACAGCCUGCAACACCUCCUAAACGAGGACCUGCAGCUGGUGGAUCGUUGCCAUGUCCACAAUUUCGGCCAUUUAUUAUGGAGCAUGUUGCUCAGGGCUUGAAUGCUUUAGAGCCUAAUUUUUCUGGUGCAUCACAUGCUGGUGUGCAGCUUGGUUCAAGCAAUGCCAAUGUGAAUUCAGUCUCUCAACCGCUAGCACCUAAUACCAACCGUGUGAAUGCUGCAUCUGGUACUGGAACAUCAAGAUCAAAUUCUGUUCUUGGAAAUCCGGUGGGUGGUACCAUAGGUCGAGCUGGCAGUGCCAUGCUAGCCUCUUCAGGGCUGGCUUCUGGGAUCUCUGGGUUACCAUUACGUAUAUCUCCAGGUACUUGUUUUCCAGUUCAUGUGAAAGGAGAGCUUAACACAGCUUUUAUUGGGCUUGGAGAUGAUGGAGGAUAUGGUGGUGGUUGGGUUCCCCUUGCAGCCCUCAAGAAGGUGUUACGUGGCAUUCUCAAAUAUCUUGGUGUAUUGUGGUUGUUUGCACAGUUGCCUGAUCUUAUAAAAGAAAUUCUAGGAAUUUUAAGGGAUAAUGAAGGGGGACUUCUGAAUUUGGAUCAGGAGCAACCUGCCUUGCGCUUUUUUGUCGGAAGCUACGUGUUUGCUGUGAGCGUUCACAGAGUUCAACUUCUUCUGCAAGUUUUGAGUCUCAGACGGUUUCACCAUCAGCAACAACAGCAGCAGCAGCAAAACCAAAGUGCCACUCAGGAAGAACUAGCCCCUGGAGAAAUUAAUGAGAUAUGUGACUACUUCAGCAGGCGUGUCGCAUCUGAGCCCUAUGAUGCUUCUAGGGUUGCAUCCUUUAUUACACUUCUUACCCUACCCAUUUCAGUCCUUCGAGAGUUUCUGAAGCUGAUCUCUUGGAAGAAAGGAUUGUCACUGGCACAUGGUGGAGACAUAGCAACUGCUCAAAGGUCCCGUAUUGAAUUAUGCUUAGAGAAUCACUCGGGCUCUGUUUUAGAGAACUCAGAGACCACGUCUUGUUCAAAAAGUAAUAUACAUCAUGAUCGAGUCCAUAAUCUAGUAGAUUUUGCUCUUACCUUUGUCCUUUACCCUGCCCAUAUCCCUCACAUGAAUGUUGCUGGUGGAGCUGCUUGGCUACCAUACUGUGUGUCUGUAAGACUAAGAUAUUCAUUUGGUGAGAAUGCCCAUGUUUCUUUUCUUGCAAUGGAAGGAAGCCAUGGAGGAAGAGCAUGCUGGUCGCGACAUGAAGACUGGGAGAAAUGCAAGCAGAGGAUGACCAGAGCAGCAGAAUAUGCCAAUGGGAACUCGGCAGGUGAUGCCAGUCAGGGGCGGUUGCGGUUGGUUGCUGAUGCACUGCAGAGGACAUUGCAAGUAGCACUACAGCAGCUGAGAGAUUGCUCUCUUUCCUCAAGUUCCAUUGGAACUUAACCACUUCCCUCCGGAAACUUCAUCAAUGGAAGUUUCUGCAUUAGACCUGUGCAUCAUAGGCAGAUUCAGUAGUGCCUCAUCCAACGCUGACAAUCAGGCAUCCUGGAUUCCUUUUAUCCGGAACAUGAACCAAGUGUUUGAUGAUGGUGGAGAAGUUUGAGGUGGAAGUGCUUCCUAGUUUGUCUGCAUUGGACAUGUAAAUUUUGUGCGUGUAUAGUUCAUCUAGUGGAGUUAAAGUAAAGGAGACCUGAUUUUUUGGUUCCAUGAUCAACCGGGCAUGUGGAAUGUGCACAAAGCGAGCAAGGAUCUUUGGAAAAUCCUCUGGGGUUUUGAAUCUUAUAUAGCUUAACAAGGAUGUAGCUGCAUAACCUAUGUUGGGAGUGUGUGUUAAACAUUUCUAGAUCCCUUUGUUAAUCAGGGAAAUCACCAGUAUGUAACAAGUUAUGUUGUCAUUGACUUUUUCUUUAGCUCUGGUGUGCCAUCAGUGGAAUCAGAGGGUUUGUCAAUGUGAUAGGUUUGCUCAUGUUUGUUAAUGUUUUUUCUUAUUUUCCUUGUUUUCAAAGAUUCAUUGUCUCCAGAUCAAGUAUUUGUAAUUGAAGGUUUUGAUUCAACAAUUUUUGAUAAAAAUAUAUCAGAUAGAUACUUCACUA